AUGGAGAAAAUAACCGACAAAAUCGCCGCCCUACCUCCGGGGACCCCGUACUUCUCCCUCGAAUUCUUCCCCCCAAAGACAGCAAUGGGCUCCUCGAACCUGCGCGCCCGUCUAGACCGCAUGUCCCGCGCUCUACGGCCUCUAUUCGUGACCGUGACAUGGGGCGCCGGCGGCAGCACCGCAGAAAAGAGUCUGGAGCUGGCGGAGCUAUGUCAGAGGGAGUUGGGACUCACGACAUGUUUGCAUCUGACGUGCACGAAUAUGAGUAAGGAGCUCGUGGACAAGGCGUUGGAAGAUGCAAAGGCGCUGGGGGUUAGGAAUAUACUUGCGUUGAGGGGCGAUCCGCCGCGGAGUAACGAGUACGGAGCGGAGACGGCCGGGGAGGUAGAAGAAUUUGAAUGGGCUAUUGAUUUGGUGAGGUAUAUAAGGAAGGUGUACGGGGAUUACUUCUGCAUUGGCGUAGCUGCGUAUCCAGAGGGCCAUGCAGAUGAAAGUCACCCUGAAGGCCAGUCGGUGGAGCAUGACCUUCCCUACCUGGUGGAGAAGGUGAAAGCUGGGGCGGAUUUCAUUAUGACACAGCUUUUCUUCGAUGUGGAGGCGUAUGAUGCCUUUGAGAAGCGGUUAAGGGAACAUGAGAGUGGAGUUUUCAAGACGAUACCGAUUAUACCGGGCAUGAUGCCUAUUCAGAGCUACCAGAUGAUCAAAAGGACCACGAAGCUCAGCAAUGCGAAGAUGCCGCUGAGUAUCACGGAACGUUUGGAUGUCGUUAGGGGGGACGACGAGUUGGUCAAGAAAGUUGGGGUGGAUAUCGUCAGUGAGAUUAUCACGCAUAUUAAAGAUGAACCUGGACCUGGACCGCGCGGAUUUCACUUCUACACUCUCAACCUAGAGAAAGCCGUCUCAUUUAUCCUGGAACGAACGAAACUCAUACCCGCCUCACCCCCAGACCCCGAUUCCGAAUACGCCAUAAUCGAUCUCCCUCUCCAAUUAGACACCAACGGCUCGGAACCCUCCCAGAAGAAGCCCUCCCGCAGACAAUCCUCAGUAGGCUCCGACCCCUACAACAGAAUAAUAAUCACCGCCUCCUCAACCUCGCACCCUUCGCACGAAGCCACGGCCUCGGAAGCAGGCCGGCCAGCCCAAGCCGUCAACACGCGCGCCAACACACUCGCUAUCUCCGAA